ACUUCUGUUUUUUUUUGCCUUUUACCAACAAGGCCCGGCCAGCUCGCUGUGUCUUUGCUCCCUCGGAAAGCAAAGGCGACGGGCGAGGGAGCAGAGAAGUCUUUUCUUUACAUCAGGGGUAAGAAUAUCCCCCUUCCCCCGGAGGAGGAGGAAGAGCCCGAAGAGGUGGUGGAGAAGCGAAACUAUAAGAUACUAAGAUAGAGAGGGAGAGAGAGAGAGAGAGAGAGAGGGAGGGAGAGAGUCCAAAAGAGAAAAGGAGCGAUAACAGUAAAGACAGAGAGGGAAGGGGAAAGAGACAAAGAAAGCAAGCAAGUGUUGAGCGUUCUCUUCUUCGUUGAUUUAAUUCCCCACCCGUCGCUCGCUAGGCCCUCUCUCUCCUCUUCCGUAGACAUCUGUUGCUGCCGCGGUAGCUGUCACCGCCUCUACAUUUUCUCGGCUCGGCGGGGCGGAGGCAGGCUUGCUGAGCGAGCGAGAGAGAGAGAGCGAGAGAGAGAGAGAGAGAGAGAGAGAGAGAGGAAGAGGAGAUGGCGGCGGCGGCGGCGGCGGCGGAUGGUGGGGAGAAGAAGUCGGGGGUGUCAGAUGUGGGGGCGUGGGGCAUGAACGUCGUCAGCUCGGUGGGCAUCAUCAUGGCUAAUAAGCAGCUCAUGUCUCCCGCCGGCUACGCCUUCUCUUUCGCCACCACACUCACUGGGUUCCACUUUGCGGUUACUGCGGUUGUUGGCUUGGUGUCCAAUGCCACCGGAUAUUCGGCAUCGAAGCAUGUCCCUCUGUGGGAACUUCUCUGGUUUUCUAUUGUCGCUAACACCUCAAUUACCGGCAUGAAUUUGAGCCUUAUGCUUAACUCUGUCGGCUUUUAUCAGAUCUCCAAGUUGAGCAUGAUUCCUGUUGUAUGUGUGAUGGAGUGGAUCCUACACAGUAAGCAAUAUUCGAGAGAAGUCAAGAUUGCCGUCGUGGUGGUGGUUGUUGGCGUUGGUGUCUGUACAGUAACCGACGUGAAAGUUAAUGCCAAGGGUUUUCUGUGUGCUUGUAUAGCUGUACUCUCAACAUCCUUGCAACAAAUUUCAAUUGGGUCGUUGCAGAAGAAGUAUUCAAUUGGUUCUUUUGAACUUCUGAGCAAGACUGCGCCUAUACAAGCUCUUUCUCUUCUGUUUCUUGGUCCAUUCAUUGAUUACUACCUCAAUGGCAAGUCUCUUUUGGAGUAUGAUUUCUCCUAUGGUGUAAUUUUCUUCAUCGUGCUGUCAUGUUCGUUGGCUGUAUUCUGCAACAUCAGCCAGUAUCUGUGCAUCGGCCGUUUCUCGGCUGUGUCCUUCCAGGUUCUGGGCCAUAUGAAGACUGUCUGUGUGCUCACUCUUGGUUGGCUGCUGUUUGAUUCACAACUGACUUUCAAGAACAUAAUGGGCAUGUUGCUGGCUGUUGUUGGAAUGGUCGUAUAUAGCUGGGCUGUGGAGGUAGAGAAAGCUAAAGCUAAGAAUGUCCUUACCAAAACUAGCUUAACCGAAGAGGAGAUUCGCCUUUUGAAGGAGGGAGUUGAAAAUGCUGCUCCUGUGAAGGAUGUCGAGCUUGGAGAAAACAAGGCCUAGUUCGCAGGUACAUGUUUAUUCUGAUGGCAAGCAAUUUCGUCUAAAACACAUCCUCAUUUAAUCUCAAUUAUUGCAGUAAAUUCUUUUUUUACUAGGUAAGACACCAAGAUCUUUAUGUUGAAGGUCUGAAAAAUGUUUAUUUAUUAUUCUCCCUCUGUUUUUAGUUACAUAGGUUUUUCAUAUUUAUUCAUUUUUUCCUUGUAUGACUAAAGAGUGGAGGAUGUUGCUUCCUGUGGAGACAUUAUGCGUAUGUUGAAAUGAGACUCAGCAAUGUCUCUUUAUUUUCUGCACAAAAAAGCAAUGUGUUUUUGAACCUGAACAGACAGACAGAUGAGUGACUGAAUUAUUAUAUUCGUUCUUGACAA